UGGAUCCUCCUUGGCUGCUACUACCGUUUAGGUGGUACUCAGUAGCGUUGCAACACUCGAGAUUCGCUAUUUUCUUUCAAGACUAGUGAAACCAAGCACAGAUUUUUUUUUCAACUUCGUUGAUGAUAUGAAGAAAAAUCAACUACUAAAUCAGGAAAUACUCUAAGUUUUUGUUAUAACAUGGAAUCUCGGCCAUUCCUUUAAUUCGCUAACCAAAAAUAACCUAUUACUUGCUUAUAACGAACCGGUCCAACUGAAAUUAAGGAGAAUUUGACACGUAAUGUGAACAGGAAGUCGUGUCCCCAUUUGAAAGGGUUUGAGCAGGCUUCGAGAUGAGGGGGCUGGAUUAGCGAUGGAUGUGAAAAGUCGAAGGCUACAACUCGCUGCGUGCCAACAGCUAUACUAUUUUUGAAAGUAAAAAAAUGUCAGUAUUGUUCUAUCGCAGUUUUUAAUUUAGUACUGUAUCGUUCUUGUUGAAGUGACGUCAUAACUUGGGACACGUAACAAACGUUUUAACUUCUAAAAUAAGUAAUUAUUGUAUACUUACUCCACAGAGUCGGUUUUUUAAUACAUAGGUACUGUACAUAAAAGAGAAAGCUGGUGCGGUUGCUGUAGUGUAAAGUAUUUGAUUUCCCUUACGACGAAAUGAAUUCGUUUUGGCAGGUAUGUGCCCUCACCAAGAUGGCCGCCACGCAGGCACGGUCGUAGCAGGGCGCUGAUGAUUGCGUUAGUCAAUGAACGAGGAGUUCCCGAGAGGCGUAGACGGUCCUGUAGUUACAAUCUACGGGCUCUCGCCGGUUGACGUACAUGGACCAACGUAUAAAAUACAAUGGAUAAAUUAACAAGUAACAAUGCCACAGCCCAGAAUUAUGCUAGUGGUGACAGGAGAUGAUUUUGGUUACUGUCCCAAAAGGAAUCAGGGAAUUGUCGACUGCUUUAAGGCUGGAGGCAUUUCCUCAGUUUCACUGCUGGUUAAUGCAUCUGCUGCCAAAGAUGCAGCAGAUUUGGCUAAAAGGCACAGCAUCCCAAUUGGGCUCCAUGCCAACCUGUCAGAAGGUAUCCCUGUGUCUCAGAGCCUCCAACAGGCAUCGACCCUGAUCAACGAGCGUGGCUUUUUCCAUGGAAAGAUGGGGUUCCGUCAGGCACUAGGACGACAUCAGCUAAAUAUGGAAGAGGUGGAGCUUGAGCUAAGGCAUCAGAUCAGGCUUUUCAGAGAAUUGACUGGUCACCUACCUCAUCAUAUGGAUGGCCAUCAACAUGUUCAUAUACUUCCAGAGGUCCGUGAGGUGUUUGCACAAGUCCUUUCAGAUCACGGAAUUCCAUAUACUCGUGUUCCAGUGGAACCAGGUUUACAAAGCUGUCCAUGGCUGCCAGUGCAUCUCCAAAAAUUCUACACACAAGUGGAGAAAGAUGCCCGAGACUCUAUCCCUGUCUUCAGGCGUUAUGGGAUAAGGUGGCCCGAUGUGUACCUGGGACUGACCACAGUAGGCCAGAAUAUGUCUGUUCCCAACCUGAAGAGGGCCUUCAGCCAUGCUUUGAGUAUGUCCAAGCGAGAUGUGUCGAGUUCUGAAGAGUGUGUGGUCACAGCAGAACUAAUGGUCCACCCAGGUUACCCCAGUCACCCACAAAUAGGUGGCUGUGGAGAAGGACCAGAUGACUUCUCCCAGUCAGAUGACCGCCAACAUGAGCUAAAUGUGCUCACUGACUUGUCUCUGCUUGCUUUGUACCGCCAUGAGCGAGUGCAGCUAUGUGCUUUUAAAGACCUGUGAACAUAAUUUUGUGAAUAAGAGUCACAUCAUAUACAUUUUGUGCUGUAACUGUUGGAUUCAGUAUGAAAUUGGUUAUUCUUUACAGUUUAUCGGCGUUUAUAAAACAAACUUAAAACUAAAAUAUCAGUUGUUAGCAAUUACUGAACUGUUUUUUUUUUUUUUUUUUUUUUUUUACACAUUUUAACAGUGAAGAUAAAUUUAAACAUGUUGACAUAAAAUUCUCCAUUUUUGUUCUUAAUUAUUUUCUUUUUGAACCCAUGUCCAACUGAGCUAGCGGAAACUGCAGGUGGAUGUGUAUAAAAGGUCACCCAUUAAAUAUCCUGUCUUUCUGCUACAAUUUAUAAGCUCUUUUUAUCCAAACAAAAUGUUGUCCUUCUCUUCAGGAAACUUGACUGGUUUGAUUUAAAAGUGUAGCAAUAACUUACAAACUUCAGAUAUAUUUAUAUGAUAAGUGCAGAGAGUAGACAUUAAAAAUGAAUUAAUAAUCCACAUUCAUAGUGGGAAAAUGCUUUAUGUAUAUUUUUUUAAAUGAUUCCUAAAGCAUGAAGUGCCCAAUAUUUUGUGAUGAUUGGAAUAGUUUUUAUGUAAAUGUACUGUAAUGUGUAUUAUAUAUAUUUAGUAACAUUAAACUAAUUCAUAAAUGAUCAAA